AAAAAAAAAAUCUGCUUGCUCUUGCUCUUGUUCAUCUCCAAGUCAAUUGGUAGACAUUCCAAUUUCCCAAAUGGCUUCUCCUCCAAAAAUAACCCUCUCAUUUCUGGUUUAUCUUUGCUUAUUCUGCUCCUUCUCGCGGGCUUCUUCUGAUUCCGGGAAAGUUUCAUUGGGAUUGUACUAUGAAUCUCUAUGCCCAUACAGCGCCAAUUUCAUAAUCAAUGAUCUGGUUGAGCUUUUCGAAGAUGAUGAACUCUUCUCCGUCGUCGAUCUCCAUCUCUCCCCUUGGGGUAAUGCCAGACUUAAAGGCAAUGACUCCUUUGUUUGCCAGCACGGUCCAUCUGAAUGCUUAUUGAAUACAGUAGAAGCUUGUGCUAUUAACGUUUGGCCUCAGCUGGAGGAGCAUUUUCCCUUCAUCUAUUGCAUUGAGUCUCUGGUGCAUGAGCGCAAAUUCCCUGAAUGGGAAUCAUGCUUUGAGACACUGGGUUUGGACCCGAAACCUGUAAUUGAUUGCUACAAUAGUGGAUAUGGCAAAGAGCUUGAAUUACAGUAUGCAGCUGAAACAAAUGCCCUGCAGCCUCCUCACCAAUAUGUGCCUUGGGUAGUGGUGGAUGGACAGCCACUUUACGAGGACUAUGAUAAUUUUAUUAGUUACAUAUGCAAGGCAUACAAUAGCACUACUACACACAAGCGAACUGCUGCACCCAAAGCUUGCAGUGAAGUAUCACGUUAUGCCAUCCAAAGGGGUAAAUCAAGACCGAUCGUUCCAGUUUGCUACAAGGAGAAAAAAAUGUCAACAUUAUCACGACGAAUUAUAUCAGCCAUAUCAUUGUGGAUGCAGCAGACAAAUGAGGCUGCUUACAUGUAAAUGCAUCUCAAUUCGAUUUCACUCUAGUUGCAACUAUUUAUUUCUCGUUUCUUAGUUAUCAAAUAUGGCAGUAUGCAGUUAAAGUGCACAUUAUCUUGUAUUUACUUCCAAUUUCUCUAGUCUGAGCUAAUAUGCUCUUUAGUCUCGACAGCAUCUCUAUUGUGAGGAUAUCAUUUCUAAUCAAGACAAUUAUAGAAAUGGUGCUUUAUGUAAAUGGUAUACUACAUGUAUGUGCUUCGAGUAAUCGCCUUAGCCUCUUGUGCUUGAAUCGUAGGUGAAAUGCAUUUUUAGAUGCUUACCCCCUU